AUGUCUGCUACGAUGAGGGUUGCAGAUUUUAAGGAAAAUCAACGUCUGUUUCCUAUUCCACCGCCUGUAAUCAACGUGGAGGCGCGUCGCUUUCCUGUAACAAAUCAUUUUGCAAAACGGACUGAGUUAAAAAAUUACCUUGAUGAAGCAUUUCGAAAAAUUUGUCAAAUACACAAGAAAUUACCACCUGGUGGAGUUCUUGUUUUCCUUUCUACACAAGAAGAAAUUGAAUCCCUCUGUGGACGUCUACGCGAACAUUACGCCAAAAUUCGAAUUGAAUACUACGAAAAGGAGUAUUCAAAACAUAGUUUACUUCCACACAGACGAGGCGGGGAUGAUGUUGAUGACAGCGAUUCCGAUUCUGAGGAGGAUGCGGCCGCCGCUUCUGUUGAAAAGGACGAAUUUGGACUUGCUGUUGAAGAAUAUGCCCUAGAAAAACAGGAUAACGAGGGGGAUGCAUACGCUGCAAAAAAAAGGCCUAGAGACGCCACAUGUGAUGAGGAUGAAGAAUGCUCUGAGGAGGAUGAAGUUAAUGGGGAGUUAAAUUCAUUGCAUAUUCUUCCUCUAUAUGCGCUUAUGAAUUUUUCAAAGCAACAAGAAGUGUUUGAAGAACCUCCAACAGGGAAACGACUUUGCGUUAUUGCUACAAAUGUGGCUGAAACAUCUAUUACUAUUCCAAAUAUUCGUUAUGUGGUGGAUACGGGUCGUGUGAAGACGAAAUCUAUAGAUGAAUCGACCGGGGCAAGCUGUUUUCGUGUUGAGUGGACAAGUCAAGCUUCUGCGGAACAACGUAGUGGGCGUGCAGGGCGUGUGGGACCUGGGCAUUGUUACCGUUUAUAUAGCACGGCGGUGUAUUCCAACAUUAUGCCAAAACAUAGCGCACCCGAAAUUUUGAGAACAUCAUUAGAAUCAGUGGUACUCUUGAUGAAACACCUGGGUAUUGAUAACGUUGGAUCAUUUCCAUUUCCUUCGCCUCCAAAAGAGAACGACUUGAAACGUGCGUUAACACAUUUGACGCUUAUUGGGGCCUUGGACUCCCAAAGUGAGCGACGCAUUACCACGCUGGGUAAGCGUUUGAUGGCGUAUCCAAUCCCUCCCCGUUUUUCACGGGUACUUCUGGAGGCCUUGGAUCUAAAGCUUCCGGACUCUAUUCUUACCAUGGUAGUCAUGAUAACAUCGGUUUACUCAACCACAACCAGUGUCUUUACCGGUGAAGGAAAUCGGUUGAAAUGGAAGAGAAAUGAACCUAACAGCCCGGAUGAUGAGCGUCGAUCUCUUGUUUCCUCUUUGCUAAACCCUGGAAGUGACCUGAUUACGUCUUUAAAUGCUUUUGGGGUGUAUUUAAACGAUUCUUCUUCACGGAACUGCCAUCGCUAUUGUCUGGUGCAGAAAAGUCUUUCGGAGGCCCGUCAGCUGAAGCGGCAGCUGCAGACAUUAAUGAGGCAGGAUGCGGUUGUAGAACAAGUUGAUGACACACUGGAUGCUAAUGAUAUUGGAACAAUGAACUCUGAGGCAAACUUCAAUGAUCAUGGUUUGGUUAAGCUCUCCAAGGAGCAGGAAAUAACCAUAAGGAAGUUGUUUAUUCAUGGGCUUCUGGAUCAAGUUGCUCGGCGAGCCAGUAUUCAAGAGUGUCGCGAUCAUGGUGUAGAGUACAAAGAUAACAAGACAACAAAAGCUCCAUAUAUUCUCUUGGGUCGCUCAAUGAUAUCCUAUAUUCAUCCAACAAGUUCUAUAGCGCGAACAUUUCCUCCGCCUGAGUAUGUCACGUUUGCCUUUUUGCAACGCUCCGUACGCUCUGAAACGAAGGAAUCUGCAACGAUGAUGCUGGGUGUAACCAUUGUAACUAAAGAGUGGUUACAUGAUUGUGGUGUAAUUCUCGAGUAA